AUGAGAACUGCUCGAAGUUGUGGCUACAGGGUUGCAGCGGCGCUGUUAGAAGUCGUUCAACAGAGCGCCUGGACCCAACAUGUCGCUGCACCCACCAGAUACCGCGCAGGCCAACUACCAUCCCUCUUGGAUUUGGUCAUCACCAACGAAAGACACUUCGUUGAUCAGGUAACAAUUAACGCUCCACUGGGGCAUAGCGACCACUGCCAACUACCAUCUCUCCCGGAUUUGGUCAUCACCAGCGAAAGACACUUCAUUGAUCAGGUGAUAAUUGGCGCUCCACUGGGAAAUAGCGGCCACUGUGCGCUGACCUUUGAUUGCCUCUGCUAUUGUGUCAGAAGUCCGGAACUCCAAAUGUCGUUUCGAAUCUUCUGCAGUGCGAACUUCUCAGGAAUGCACACCUUUCUUGAACAAGUUAGACUGGGACCAGAAUUAGUGGGAGACUUAUGGAGGACCAUUGUUCAGGAAGUUCACGAGGCUGGCGCAAAAAAUGGCACGCAGUCAGAGGGGUCGCAGGUCCCAAAUAUUGUCCAAGAGUUGACUAAAGAAACACAGAAGAUCAGCUGGCAUUUCUUAAAGUGCGGAACCGCUGUAAAUAGGAAAUCCGCUGUUUGUGCAUCAGAAAACAAGCCACGUUUACAAAUUUCGCCCAGUAAAAAAUAA